UUCCAGGAUCACAAUGACAAAGUCUUCAAAAGAUCAGAGGAACCAAGAGAAGACUGCCGUACCGAAAAGUUAACCAUCACUAACGCCUCCACAGAGCCUGCAUGUCUUUCUCUCUGUCUAUCUUACCUUAACAGUGCAUCCCUCCUUCAUUCACUCACUCGUGUAUACAGACGUGCAUGUAACACGCAGAGUUCAACUGUCCUGCAGGCCUUGACUUCAAAACUGAGAGUUUUCAGAUGCGAUGAGCGUCCUUUAACUCGAGGGUGCAGCCAUUUGCAACAAGCCACAUGGCUGACCUUACAUCUCCCGAGGCGGAGUCGCUCUCCUUCGCUCCCAUGUUCCGACACCAGACAGAAGGUCAAAGGUCAAGCCACAACCUUUACCUGCAAGGUUCUAUAAGUGGGCUCGGCCCGUUUGAGGUCCCGUGUGAAGCCACGGAUGGCACCGGGAACACUCUGAAUGGAAUAGCUCAAACGGGGAAUGCUUCUUAUUGGGGGAAUACAUCCCCUGUGUCCUCUAUGGAACUGAACAGGAACAAGGCACAAGCUGGAGUUUACGAGGCCGACUGGAGUUCUCACUACCACCAACAAGAGGCAUCAGAGAGUUAUGAAACAACUGGGCGUCAGCAACAAAAACUGGAUUCAUUCUCCGAGGCAUUUUGCAGUCAUAGCGCCACCCGAAUGCCGGGCGGAGGAGAGCAGAGCGGCUUUAACAGCUCUACUCCUCCGUCACAUGCCCUCUCUUUCCCUCUGGUUCUUAGCCCACCGCCAACGCCCCUGCCUGCUCCAUCCUUUUCUCCUCCUAAACGACCUCAACACUUCUUGUCCGGCCAGAUCUUGAGUCAAUCACAGAUACAAACUCAGAUGGAUGGGUCGCUGCAGUUCUUUCCCUCUUUACCUUCGCCCUCCACCGGCAGGUUCAAUCAUCCCAUUUGGUUCCAGCUGCAAGCUGACGACAGCGACAGCCUGGACUUAACGCAGCACCUUCCACAAGAUUCAAACUCCUCUCUGAUUUAUUCAGAGCACGGAGGGCCUCAUCUGAAACAUAUUAACUCCCUGCAGAGAGACUGUUCACUGCAAAUGUCCCUCAACCCUGUACUGGUUGAACAUCACCAUCACCAGGCCUGCACGCAACAAGAGUUGAGUCACGAGCCCGGAACAUCCGAAGAUCACAUGACUUGGUCUCAGAUGGGGCAAUCAUCUCAUUCAUUUGGACCUUCUCUACACCAGACUAGUCUCCAUGUGCAGGGGUCAGGGCCAGGAGAAGGAACACGAUUCGGUUAUGGACUGAACUUCGGUCCUGGGUCCUCAGACAAAUCUCAGGUGCCCGUCAGCACACAGAAUGUUCCCAGUUCCGUAUAUACUGGAGCCCCUUUCAACAGUGUGAUCCAGAUGAGUAGAGACCUAAUGGAGAACUGGGAGGAAGCUACACCUCACUAUAUGCCACCUCCAAUGCUGAACCCAACACGUAGUGGAACGGGACUCUUUUGCAACUUACUGUCUUCCCUAGCUGUGGAAAACAGAGCAUUGUGGACAGACGAGAGGAAAGAUGAUGACUCACAAAGGUGCAUAAAUAUAGGCCCAGAGUUCCAAGCGGAGCUGCCAGAUCUGAUUAUAGGAAGAGCGCAUGAGGUGUGUCCAGAGGAACCAGUCAGGGAGGAGUUACUAUGGAAACCUUGGGCCGAGUUAGAGGAAAAUGACACCCUUUUACAGCACGUGGAGAAUCUUCUUGACCUGAGUGCCUCCAGUGUUCUACCAGGAGGUGGCGCCAAUCUGGAGCUUGCUCUUCAUAGCCUGUCUCACUGCCAGGGAAACCUUCUAGCAGCGCUGGAGAUGCUGUUGUUUAAAAACUCCCCUCCAUCAGAAAACUAUCACUAUUCUGGCAUGAAUAUGUGGAGUUUGAGUGAACAAAGACUGUUCCAUAAAGCAUUUGCAAUUUAUGGAAAGGAUUUCUCCUUUAUACACAAAAUGGUGAGAACAAAGCAGGUGUCACAGUGUAUUGAAUUCUACUACAACUCCAAGAGGCUUUCAGAGAAACAAAACAAGCAGAGGGAAAGAGAAAGUUUGGAGAAAGAGAGAAUAGCAGCCACCAUCAAUCAGGUUCCUCCAGCCCCGAAGGUGUUGGUUAACCAAGCCAGUAUUGACCAACUGAUUCAGACCCCACCACUUCCCACAAGCUUUCCCUGUAAACAGUGUGGAAAGAUGUUCUAUAAAAUCAAAAGCAGAAAUGCUCACAUGAAGAUCCAUCGGCAGCAGCAAGAGGACUGGAGGGAAAAACUACAGCUACGCCCAAACCAGCACCACAAUCUUAACCUGACCGGAGCACUGGCUCACCCAAACCAGCAAAUCCUAACCCAGACCCACCAUCAGAAUCACAUCCUGACCCAAACCCUGAUUCAGAACUUGGUCCAGUCACAGACCCAGUUGGCUUUUCUUCAAAGCACAAAGACUCCAAGUACAUGCCCAACCAGCAGUACAAGUUGCAUGGCUCCCACCCAGAAUUCACAGAUAGGGUCCAAAGCGCCUCCCUUAAAACUCCACACUGGGCCUCAGCAGACCUGGGGCUCCCUGCACAGUGUAGACACAGGAGGCCUGUUCUAUAACAGAGGCUCCGUGGUAAAUGGGCUCCAUUUGAGCAUACAGGACAGUGUCAGUAAACCAUGGGCUGAUACCCAAUAACUGACUUAAACGGUUUAAAACUCUUGAUGGAAUAAAGUUAAAAUAGAUUACUGCUUUUAAAAUUUUUUUAUUUUUUUUAAAGACUUCUCAAAUUCAAGAAC